UCUGCUCAAAGGUAGCAGGUAGGCUGUGUGUGUCAGUCAAAGCUGAUGGAGAUGCGGAUUGGCUUGUCUCAGCCCGCGGGGCUCCAGGCUCCACCUCUCCAUCAGAGUCCUGCCCGUGCUGCGCUUGUUGCAGUGAGCGCGGAGGGUUUGUGCGCUCUCGGGUUACGCGUGUGAAGUUGUGGACAAGAGGAUAUCGGAGACAUCCAGCCACUUAGAGGAGGAGGAAAGUAGAGGCUCCCUUCUGUCGGUUCACUCUUUAAAAGCCGGGGAAUACCUACAAGUCGUCGGACAGCGGCUGAGAAGAAGCGAGAAAACGAGUUUGUGGCAUUUAACUGAGAGACCAAGCAUACCCAACAGUAUGCGGUGCAGUUAUGGCAGGCAAGGGUAAGACAGUCGUGAGGACGCUGGAGGAUUUAACGCUUGAUUCUGGUUAUGGUGGAGCCGCGGACUCGGUCAGGUCGUCCAGCGUGUCGCUGUGCUGCUCCGACACGCAUCAGUCCAUCGCGCAUGGGGGCAACUGCUGGCAUCUGACGGAAUCCAUGCACAGCAGACAGAACAGUUUGGACACAGUCAACACCGUCCUGGCGGAGGACACGGAGAUACUGGAGUGCUCGGGUCAGUGCGCCAAGCUGCCCGAGCUGGAGGACGUGCCAUGGAGCCUCGGCGAGGUGGAGGGCGCACUGAGGAAAGACGAGGAGCUGAUGGUGGGCGACCCUCCACCGGAGGUCCUGGCGCGGCUGUCCGCUCUCGUCAGCCGCGCGCUGGUGCGGGUGGCCCGGGAGGCGCAGCGGCUCAGCCUGCGCUACGCCAAGUGCACCAAGCACGAGAUCCAGAGCGCCAUCAAGGUGGUGCUCUCAUGGACCAUCUCCGUCAACUGCAUCACGGCGGCUCUCAGCGCGCUGUCCCUCUACAACAUGAGCACCGGGGACAGGUUCAGCCGAGGCAAGUCGUCGCGCUGCGGGCUGGUGUUCUCCGUGGGGAAGUUCUUCAGGUGGAUGGUGGAUAGCCGGGUGGCCCUCAGGAUCCACGAACACGCUGCCAUAUACCUCACCGCCUGCGUGGAGAGUCUGUUCAGAGAGGUGUUCAGCCGCGUCCUGCGCAGCGCGCUGGUGGAGAGGGACAACGGGAUCCCCAAGUUUACGCUGGAGUCUCUGGAGCAAGCCAUCAACAACGACUCGGAGAUCUGGGGUCUGCUGCAGCCCUACCAGCACCUCAUCUGCGGAAAGAACUCAAGUGGUGUGCUGAGCCUGCCGGAGAGUUUGAACCUGCACCGGGACCAGCAGCGCUCAGGGCGGGGCGGCGAGGUGCAGGCUUACAGCCAGGCCGAGCUGCGCACGCUGGAACAGUCGCUGCUCGCAACACGGGUGGGCAGCAUCGCAGAACUGAGUGAUCUGGUAUCGCGGGCCAUGCACCUCCUCCAGCCACUGCACAUCAAGAACCCCAGCAAUGGGACUCCAGUCCACCAGAAGACCACCAACACCACAGUGCACUGGGAGCCCGAGGCCCUCUACACCCUGUGUUACUUCAUGCACUGCCCACAGAUGGAAUGGGAGAACCCCAACGUUGAGCCCUCCAAAGUCACCUUACAGACAGAGAGGCCGUUCCUGGUACUGCCUCCGCUGAUGGAGUGGAUCCGAGUUGCGGUCGCCCACACUGAGCAUCGGCGAAGCUUCUCUGUGGACAGCGAUGACGUGAGGCAGGCCGCCAGGCUGCUGCUGCCCGGCGUGGACUGUGAACCACGGCAAAUAAAAGCGGAGGACUGUUUCUGUGCCACCAGGAAGCUGGAUGCCGCCUCCACAGAGGCCAAGUUUCUGCAGGACCUGGGCUUCAGGAUGCUCAACUGCGGACGGACGGACCUGGUCAAGCAGGCCGUGAACCUGCUGGGGCCCGAUGGCAUCAACAGCAUGAGCGAACAGGGAAUGACCCCUCUAAUGUACGCCUGCGUCCGCGGCGAUGAGGCCAUGGUUCAGAUGCUGCUCGACGCUGGAGCUGACAUCAACAGCGAGGUGCCAAGCACAGUAAACAAGCACCCCUCAGUUUAUCCUGAAACGCGCCAGGGGACGCCACUCACUUUCGCCGUGUUACACGGACACGUCCCUGUCGUGCAGUUGUUGCUGGAUAAUAGAGCGAAUGUGGAGGGCGCCCUGCAGGAUGGGGCGGAGAACUACACGGAGACCCCACUUCAGCUUGCCUCUGCUGCAGGUAACUUUGAGCUGGUGAGUUUGCUUUUGGAAAGAGGGGCCGACCCCAUGAUCGGGACCAUGUGUCGAAACGGCAUCUCCUCUGCCCCUCUGGGAGACAUGAACUCAUACAGCCUGGCAGCAGCACAUGGCCACAGGAAUGUAUUCCGGAAGCUGCUGUCCCAGCCAGAGCACGAGAAGGGGGACGUGCUGUCCCUGGAGGAGAUCCUGGCCGAGAGUUUGGACCCCGGGGAGAAGAGGUUGGCGCCGCAGGCCAACGGUGGAGGGACGCUGCGAACAGGAAAGGCCAAACUGAGGGCCCUGAGAGAGGCCAUGUACCAUAGCGCAGAGCACGGCCAUGUGGACAUCACCAUAGACAUCCGCAGCUUAGGUGUUCCCUGGACGCUGCACACCUGGCUCGAGUCCCUGCGUACCUGCUUCAUCCAGCACCGCCGACCACUGAUCCAGGGCCUGCUCAAAGACUUCAGCUGCAUCCAGGAGGAGGAGUACACAGAGGAGCUCAUCACGCACGGCCUGCCGCUCAUGUUCCAGAUCCUCCGAGCCAGCAAGAACGAGGUGAUAAGCCAGCAGCUGUCAGUCAUUUUCACGCAGUGCUACGGGCCCUUCCCCAUCCCUAAGCUGACAGAGAUCAAGAAGAAGCAGACCUCACGCUUAGACCCCCACUUCCUUAACAACAAGGAGAUGUCUGACGUGACGUUCCUGGUGGAGGGGAAACCGUUUUAUGCACAUAAAGUUUUGCUGUUUACAGCUUCACCCAGGUUCAAGUCACUGCUCCAGAACAGACCAGCAGCAGAGAACACCUGUAUUGAGAUCAGCCAUGUCAAGUACAAUAUUUUCCAUCUGGUCAUGCAGUAUCUGUACUGCGGAGGCACCGAGUCUUUGCACAUACGCAACACUGAAGUCAUGGAGCUCCUGUCUGCAGCCAAAUUCUUCCAACUAGAGGCCCUUCAGAGACACUGUGAGAUCAUCUGCUCCAAGAACAUCACCACAGAAACCUGCGUGGACCUCUACAAACAUGCCAAGUUCCUUGGUGCCUCGGAGCUCACGGCUUUCAUCGAGGGCUAUUUCCUGAAGAACAUGGUGCUGCUGAUCGAACUCGACGGCUUCAAGCAGCUGCUGUACGAGCCUCCGCCGGCAGAGAGCCCCGCGUCCAGCCCCGGCAUCUGCUCCGACAUCCUCCUCGACCUGGAGAGAACUCUGGCCACACGCAUCCACUCCAUCCACCUCUCCACCUCCAAGGGCUCCGUGGUGUGACGCCAUGCUCUGCCGAGAGCCCUCCGAUCCAGGCACAGCAUCCAUGUAACACCGACAUCCAGUGCCAUGCUACACAGCCCCGUCCACCUGUCCUGGCCCCGCCGCUGAAGAGGGGCUGUCGGAUGUUUUUAUGUCAGGGAUUCCCUUUAAUUCUGCCGGUCGCGGCCGCACCUGAGGGUUAAAGUUACAAAAAUCAGAGAGAACUUUGUGUUGUUCUUGAACUCUGUCGUCCUAAAGGCUCCCACUGAUCACGUCACACCCCACAGCAAGAAAAACUAUCAAAAAAAAAAAAGACCCAGCAGUAUCACUUAGACCUAAUUGUGAUUAUGAAACUUAUUGUAUUUCAUAUAGGACACAUGCAUGGAAUACAUUCUGUACACCUUUUUCGCUUAAAAAGGUAGAGUAGAAUUUUAACUCAAUAAAUGCAGCUUUCUCAUCAUCUCCGAUAUGAGACGUUAGGUUUACACACUCGUGGAAGUGGACGCCAUCGCAGUAUACAGUUUGACACAUGCCAAAAUAUAAUCCUACUAUACAACCAAUAAAAGUGACUCGUAGCAAUGCCAGCAGACGGACUUUAGGUGGACUUCUUUACAUUCUGUCACUUCUAUGUUGGAUACGUUUCACUGUGUUCUAUAUCUACUGUGUGCAGAGGCCAAACUGAUCACAGGAACUUCCACCGUGGCCGACGCUGCAGCGCUGAUUAAACUAAAGUCGGCCCACUCAGUGAAAUCUAUGCUGACGUAUGCUUGAAACACGGAUGUCCAACUGGGAAAUUAACUCCACGAACACUGUCGGCUUUUUUUUUCUUUCUUUUUUCUUUUUGCAUGACACCUCCUCAACUGAGCUGCCCUGAUAUUGCUUUUUAUGCAGAGCUUACUUCACGGACCGAAGGGGAAGUAAGGGCAAAACGCUGCUUAUUAACUUUCUAUCCACUGCAAAACUGACUGAGCGGGAUUUUGGAGAUGGAUUUCGAUUGGCAGGGACUUUCUCUUUAAAGAUAUUUAAGUGUAAAUAUGUCCUUAAAGUCAUCGUGCUGGUCGUUCUUUUUUUUUUUUUUUGUAAACUGAUGUACAGUAUUCUCCUACACGCGCUUGGCUGACGACACCAGUCUCAUUGAAUGUGCUCCCCGGACCGUUUGUUCCUGCUGUAUGUGUCCGUUUAUGCAAAAGUUGCAUGUUUGACCUGUUUGUUUGAAUCCUCUGUUUCGCUUUCGGUGUGCUUUCUGUGUAGGUCGGCAGGGCUGAGCUGGGUGUUGGUUGUUCCAGGUGAAGUCCAGUCAAAGGUUGUUCCCGUCAGUUACUUUGCUGUUUCUGAAACAUUCCAGAUGAUCAGGGUAGGUCGCCACCAGGAUGCAUCUUUAAAGUCACCUUUUGUCAGCGGAGUUUCUCAAGAACAUCAGUUCUGUGAAUGAAAGGUUGAAUUUCCACACACUGUCUGUCAGUGCUGAGUUUAUUAGAGACAAAACAAUGUUACGGGACUCACGGAGUAACGUUACAUCCCAGCCACCUGUUUGCGUGCACGUUUUGAAUUUGCACAUCCCAUAAAUUCUAAAAAACACUUUUUAGUUUUCACGGCAUGGAAAUGUUGGUCAGUUAUAGUCGAUUCAAGCAAAAAGAAAAGUUUUGAAUGGGCACUGCACUCCAAUUUUACAAUACCAACCUGUCCAUUCUACUUCCAGUACCCAUGUCUGUCCGUAGUCACUUUUCUUCUUUUAGUGCUCUCCAGUGAGGAAGAGCUACACCAAUGGUUAUGCAUAUUUGUCCUCACCGUCAACCGCUUUCUUUUUACUUCUUACUUUAAUUUUACUUUAACUUUUUACACCAAGCAACUUGUAAAAUUUAUGCAACAGUAGGUGGUGAGAACGCGUAAUUAUUAGCAUUUUCUUGAGCUGAUUUUAAUGGAAAUAAAUUAAAAUGUGGGCUGAAUUUAGACGGAAACUUUGCUACAGUUGGAGCUCUUCUACAGCUUUUAAGCGACUUAACUCCACCAGGUGAAUCAUCUGUACAAAAUUAACAACUAUUCUAAAACAUAACAGCUAGUUUUUUAAUAAAAAGUUAUAGUAACAUAACAACUGAAGGUGGGCUUAAAAUUCUGUUCAACUGCACCCUUUACGAUGGAUAGAAUCUUACGUUUACAGUGUUGAAUAAACCACAACCUGCAGCUGAAAUUAAUCACUUUGAAUGUCCAAUUCUAGAUGAAUUCUGCAACUGAUGUGUCAGAGAAUUUAAAUCUGCUGCUCUAAUGUGUGCCUCUGACUGGCAGCCAGCUUCUGCUUAGAGUAGCCUGUUAAUCAUGAUUAGCCCAAAGCUCACCUGUGUAGAAGUCAUGCUGUGUAAGCAGCAGCUUGAUGUGCCUCACCUGUCAGGAGCAGGGCGUGUCUUGGAAAAGGAGAAGAGCUCAUUAACACAGUAAGUUAGUCUUUUGUAUUCAUAAAAUAAAAGUGUGACAUCUUGAAGUUUAAACUUGUGAAGAAUGUGAGCCAAAAGAGAAGCGUUUUAUUUUUCGACAACACAAAUAAAUAGGAUCAUUUUAAGUUCUGUGUUUCUUUGUUAAAGGUCCGGUGUGUAGGUUAUAGGGAGAUACAUAUUGGCAGAAAUUAAAUAUAAUAUGUUUCUUUAGUGUUUCAUCACCGUCGUUACCUUAGAAUGAGUUGUGUACAGUCAGGGAGCACGUCCUCGUCUACGAAGACUGCCGUGUUGCACUUUCGACAGCAGCUCAGAAAGACAAACCAAGCUCUAGAUAUGGUCGUUUGUGUUUUCACGUCAACCAUGCAGCCCCUCCAUGACAAGCAGCAUCAGAAAAACACCGAUUUUUUUAUGUUAAACUGCUUUAUUCAGUGUUUUUACCUGUUUAUUUUUAUUUUUUUGCAAAGGUUUAUUUUUAUUAAUAGACGCUCAAAUUACAGUGCGGGAGCAGUUCCUAAAAUAAGCCAUGUUUCCAUUUGUGCGUUUGAAAAUAUUUUAAAAAGAGAAAGUAAAAGGACAAAGAUACUUAGCCAGAAACAUAAAUGAAGAGACAAAAAGCAAAAACCAAAGAAGACAAAGAAAGAAAUAUUUAAAUUAAAUAUGAGGAUACUAUUCCUUAAAUAUAAACAGAGAGGAUGUGCUGAAACUAUAUCUUAGGACAUUUUGAUGUACAAACAUAUAUUGAUAAAUUCACGAAUGAAUCAGAAAUGAUCAAAGUUUUCACCUGUUUAAGUCACCGGGUCUGUUUGUUUAGGAGAGAAGGAGACCUAUGGGGGCAAUUUGGCCUCCCGCUAAAAACCACCUUAGUGUCUGGAUUGUAAGUUAUCAGAGAAAAAGGAUGAGCACACAUUAUCAGGUGUCUGCGAACAAAAUAGGAGAAACACUGAUUUUAAACGUGACACUGAUUUAUUCAGUGUUUUUACUGGUUUAAAUCACCUGGUCCAUUUGUUUAGUAGAGGAAGACACCGUGCGGAUAAUUCGGUUUCUGGUAAAAGGCAAGGCAAGGCAAGUUUAUUUGUAUAGCACAAUUCAACACAAGGUAAUUCAAAGUGCUUUACAGAGACA